AAAAACAAGUCAAACAUUCCAACAUAUUCUGAGUGUCAGCAGAAAAUGACGAACCAACGCAGAGUGCGCAAGGAUUGCUAUGAGAGCAGACUGCAUGAUAUAGCUAAAACGUGUGCCAUGAAGGAGAAAAGCAAAAAUGCAGCACGCACGCGUCGUGAAAAGGAAAACACGGAAUUCUGUGAAUUGGCCAAAUUAUUGCCAUUGCCAGCGGCGAUUACAUCACAGCUGGACAAAGCAUCCGUCAUCCGUUUGACCACAUCCUAUUUGAAAAUGCGCCAAGUUUUCCCCGAUGGACUGGGUGAAGCUUGGGGCUCUUCGCCGGUGAUGCAGCGUGGCGCAACCAUCAAAGAGUUGGGUUCACAUUUGCUACAGACGCUGGACGGCUUCAUCUUCGUGGUGGCACCUGAUGGCAAAAUCAUGUACAUCUCUGAGACAGCCUCGGUGCACUUGGGACUCAGUCAGGUCGAGCUAACAGGCAACUCUAUAUUCGAGUACAUACACAGCUACGAUCAGGACGAGAUGAAUGCCAUAUUGUCCUUGCACCCGCACAUGCAUCAGCAUCCACUCGCCCAGACGCACACACCGAUUGGUAGCCCGAAUGGUGUCCAGCAUCCGGCGGCUUAUGGCCACGAUCGUGGCUCCCACACGAUCGAGAUCGAGAAGACGUUCUUCCUGCGCAUGAAAUGUGUCUUGGCCAAGCGCAAUGCGGGCCUCACAACAUCCGGCUUCAAGGUGAUACACUGUUCCGGCUACUUGAAGGCACGCAUUUAUCCGGACUGCGGCGACGGACAGGGCAGUCUUGUACAGAAUCUCGGCCUGGUUGCCGUCGGUCACUCGCUGCCUUCAUCCUCCAUCACGGAAAUCAAACUGCAUCAGAAUAUGUUUAUGUUUCGUGCCAAACUCGAUAUGAAGCUCAUCUUCUUCGAUGCACGCGUAUCGCAGCUAACCGGCUACGAGCCGCAGGACCUCAUCGAAAAGACGCUUUAUCAGUACAUCCAUGCGGCAGACAUAAUGCCCAUGCGCUGCUCCCAUCAAAUCCUGCUGUACAAAGGACAAGUAACCUCCAAAUAUUAUCGCUUCCUGACCAAGGGUGGCGGCUGGGUGUGGGUGCAAUCGUAUGCCACGCUGGUGCACAAUUCGCGCUCCUCCCGCGAGGUGUUCAUCGUCAGCGUCAACUAUGUGCUCAGCGAGAGAGAAGUGAAAGACUUGGUGCUCAACGAGAUCCAAACUGGCAUCAUCAAACGUGAGCCGAUCUCACCGGCGGCUCAAGCGGCAGCGGUUGCCGCUGCAGCAGCGGCAGCAACUGCAACAGCAUCAGCUGCUGCCGCCGCCGCUGCAGCAGCAGCAGCGGCAGCCUCUGUUACCGUUAGUGCCACAUGUGUUGCCUCGCAGCAGCCAGCGUCGAGUACACCCGUGCUGAGCGUCAGUCCCAAGCUGGAUCCAUACUUUGAGCCGGAGUUGCCGCUGUCCGUGCAGCCAGCGCCGCCCAAUGCAGUCACGCCCGUACCAACGAACAACAACAACAACAACAGCAGCAACAACAACAACGGGAGCAGUGGGAACAGUGGCGUGUGGCAUCUUCAUCAACAGCAGUUGCAGCAUGGCGGCAGUAUGGAUCACGAUAGCCUAAGCUAUACGCAACUGUAUCCUCCGCUCAACGAUCUGGUCGUCAGCUCCAGUUCGAGUGCGGGCGGAGGCACUGCAUCGAGUGCUGGUGGCGGAUCGAGUGCAUCCGCUUCCUCAUCGGGUGUUUACUCAACGGAAAUGCAAUAUCCCGAUACGACAACGGGCACACUGUACUAUAAUAACAACAACAGCAGCAACAAUAACAAUCACUAUUACUAUGAUUAUGAUGCAACGGUGGAUGUUGCCACAUCGAUGAUGCGUCCGUUUAGCGCCAACUCCAAUAGCUGUUCGAGCAGCUCGGAGAGCGAUCGUCAGCUGUCGACGGGCAAUGCGUCCAUUGUGAAUGGCACAUCGCCAUCGCAGACCACAUACAGCGAUCUGAGUCACAAUUUCGAGUUGAGUUACUUUUCCGAUAACAGUUCACAGCAGCAGCAGCAACAACAACAGCAGCAGCAACAUCUGAUGGAACAGCAACAUUUGCAGCAACAUCGACUGCAAACACAGGUGCAACAUCAGCAGCAGCAAUACCAGCAACAUCAGCAACAACAAUAUGUGUUCUACGCGGAGCAAAAGAGCAAUCUACAGCGAUUGCUGGAGCAGUUGCACAAGCUACACAGUUUUGGCACCGCUGUUGUUCCUAUAGCUAUUGCCACAAUUAUACAGAUUACAUUGGUUUGCAUAGCAUCGUCGACAACUCGACAGGCGGUCGUCAUCGAUGGUCGACUGUCGUUUGUCGCUCCCAAGCCACAGGAGGGCCAUCCUCCAGAGAGGGAGAGGGAGAGGAAUGAGAUGCCUUCAGGCGAUUACACUCGGAAAAAUCGCUCUCAAAUUUAG